AUGACCGCCGUCUUGUCCCCGACGGAUCCCCUCCGCAAGGAUAGGUAUACCUCUCUCGAGGAUAAUGGCAUCAGCUACGCGGCAACGAGUACGGAUUGGCGGGAAAAGUACAAUGAGGUACUUGACAUGCUUGCUGAAACCCGCGCUGAACUCGACGACUUUCACCACGCGAGCAAGGAACUGGAGGCUGAACUCGAAAACGAGUUGCAGAGGACGGAAAAGGCACAGCAGGAUCUGAAGGUGAAAGUGGCUAAAUCUCAAAAUGAACGGGAUGAAUGGAAGACCAAGUUUAUGUCCCUUCAAACUACCCACAACACUACGACGACAUCCCUACAACGUGAAUUAGAUCAAUUAAGACAAAAACACCAACAGACUAAAGUUCACUUGCGGGAGCUCGAGAUGGGCAAUGACGAUUUAGAAAGAAAUGAACGCGCUGUCUCUUCAAGUUUAGCUGACAUGGAGGCGAAGUAUUCUCGUGCGCUAGAAGAGAAAAUUCUAUUAGAACACGAGCUCUUGGAGAAGGCCAACCUGGAGGAAGAAACCCAACGACUCAAGGACGAAUUAAGAGAUGCCAAUGUAGAAAUCUCAAUUUUGAAGGACCAGCUGGCCUCGUUGUCCACGGAAAACGGCUCGUUGAAGAGUCUUUCUGUCCAGUACCCCGCUACGUCCACAGCCUCGGAUGACAAUCUCCUUAAAACGGCACCCCCUGCCGAUCUCGAGCUUGCGGAUUUGUCGCCGAGUUCUGACAGCGUGAACUCCAUGUACUCUACUCCCAAAGCAACACCCUCUUCUCGUUCAACAUUCCAAUCUACACUGUUCCAGCGCGCCAGUUUCCAGCAGAACAAGAACAGUCCUCUCCAACCGCUGAAAACGUCUGACAUUUCCCGUUCAAUCACACUUCCGUCCAUGUAUAGCCCAUCUACCUCGACUUCGAACUCAACCUCAAGGGUUCCAACCACUCGUGGAACCCCACUGCGGACUAUUAGCACAAAUUCCGCCAUAACGGGAACGUCUUCCAAGAAUAAAGGAGUUCAGAUGGUGUCUGAAAUGCGCGCACGAGUGAAAAAUCUGGAACAAAAAAUUCACACUCGAGUUCCGCGAUUGAGGAUGGCGAGCAUCACCGGUCGUGCCAACACUAUGGCCCCGUCCCCUAUUCCAGUCUCUGCCAGUUCAUCGUCAUCAGUAUCGAAUGCUUCCACAGCUAAGACAAGUUGGGAAUCUCAAAGGAAAAGCGUCGAUUCGAGGCGUAGCCAGGAUAGUGAAGCAGAACUACAGUCAAGAAAGGACGUUAAAGGAGAUUCUUCUGGCUGGGUCUUGAUCAUGGAGGAUUCACCUUCGCCGCAACAUAACAAGGAAAAGGACCGUCAGAAAGAUAGAAGAAGAUUGUCCAGCCCAACAGCACCAACAGCGUUCCGCCCCACCGCCUCUACGAAUGGUCGGCCUCCCUCUCCGUCGCUCAGUACGGGAAGACCCGGUUCCCUUGCGCAGACCGUUGCAAGCACAGGAUUGCGACGUCCUCAGUCCCGCCUUUCUGCAAAUAGCUUGAGCGCUGCGGCCUCCUCACCAACCACAGCCUCACGCCCUGCGACCCCGACCUUUUUACCAGUACCGUCGGGUAGUAGUUUGUAUGCACCUUCUUCUGGUCUCGGGCUCAAGCGUUCAACGGGUCCAGGAGCACCUAACCCAUAUAAUCAACUAAAGCGAUCUUCAUUGGGACAAAGCACCAAUGCACCUUCAUCGACGGAACGUGAACGCCCGACCACGAUGCCUCCGUUGCCACGUUUGGGGUCGAACCCAACCAAACCCGCCAAGGAGGAUGUUAAAGCCCUCCCCGAUUUUCUCGGACUCCAUACAAAUAUUACCAUGCGACCUCCAAAGCUUCCCACUUCGUCAGGAAACGCGGCUUUGUCGAAAAGUCGGAUAGGCCGACCCAGCAGCACCGGACUAUCUGGCAGGAAGAGCAGUGGAGAACCGAAUAACGCGCUCGAUAUCCAGGAUUUACGACCAAGGUCGGGAAGUACUACAGGCGGUAAAUAA